UGACAUAUUUUCUGAAUCUCAUGUAGGACCAACAAAGGAGUGUGUAGAAGAAAAUCAACAGUCCCUUGGUAGAGUGAUAGCUGAUCAUAAUAUUCAAGACUAUUAUUCUCUGAAGGAAGAGCUUGCAAACAAGGCACCUUUUGAAGCUUCAUCAACAAGAAAUUCUUCCCCUUUUGCUGAUUUAGGACCAUCAAAGAUAUGUUUAGGAAAAAACCAGCGACCAAUGGGUGGAGUGACACCUGCUAAAAAAGUUCAAAUCCAUGAUCCUCAGAAAGAGAAGCCUACAAAAGCGGCACCUUUUGAAGCUUUACUCGCAAGAAAAUCUUCCCCUAUUGUCGGCUCAGGUGGUAUCCCUUGUGUUAAUGAUGACGGUAAACAGUUCACCAUUAAAAAAUAUGACAAGAGUAUUCAGCAAAGCUUAAACCUUGAUUGUAAAUUUUUACCGUGUUCAAUUACUACUUGGAGGGGUCAAUUCCAAAUUCUUCAUACUGCUGCACCUACCAAGUUUUAUGAUGGGUUUGAAGCCCAACCACCAUUCAUUGUUAAUGGGAAAGCAUUUGCAUUUUCGAGAGAAAUGCCAUCGGUUCUUCAAUUGGAGUCCCGUCCUGCUUUGAAGGUCUUGAUUGACAUAUUCCAAGAUGAUUCUCCUAAGCUUCAGGAUAUUGCACUGUACUUCUUUCCAUCAGAACAAACUGAGAGGUCAAGAAUGAACCUGAAUAGUAUAUUGAAGCUUAUGAAAGAUGAAAAAACAAUGCUGAGAAGUUAUAUUAAUGGAGUGGAGUUGCUGAUGUUUACCUCAAAUCAACUUGGCAUGGACUCAAGGGGUGCUAUUGCUGCAAUAAACGAUGGACAUUUCCUGUGGGGAUUAUUUCGCAAAAGGAAAAUUGAUAAAACUAUUGAAAGAGUACCUAAAUUGGAGCCACUUGAUAUGGACUUUGAUAUGUCUGGAGGGAAGGAUGCGAUGGGAAGAACUUGUCACCUUGGACUAGUUACACCCAAAUUGGAGUUUGAUAACAAUCUGGGUGUUCCUCCAGGCUUUGAAGAAUAACCAAAACGUCUUCAUGAAACUUGCUGCGGAAGAUCAGGGCCUAACAGCACAUUAUUUGAGACCUUCCAGAUGGUGCAGUGAACAAACUUCACUAGUUGAAGUAAAAUAUCACUAGGUGUUACUAUACUACAACAUUUGUUUGCUCAGUUUCUGAACCCAGUUAAAAAUAUCUCCAGGUUUAGCUUGUGUGCGAAUUUGAGAAGUUUGUUCUGAAAGAUGCAAAUUGUAUUCACUCUAUCUAAAAGAUUGUUACAGUUCUAUUCUACAUCAGAAUACAUAAAGUAAGUUACACUGCAGUAGAGAGUGGUUUGGAGCAA